AUGCAAAAAGAUUUCGACGGUGAAGAGUUAAUUAAAAUCAUUAGUGAGAUGAUAAAAAUCGAUCAAGCUUGGGUGCCUCGUUCUGAAGCCAGUUCACUCUACAUUCGACCAACAAUGAUUGGAGUCGACCCAACAUUAGGUGUGGCGCACGCAACCCAAUCAAAGCUCUAUGUCUUAACUGGACCAGCAGGUCAGUAUUACCCAACUGGUUUCAAACCGGUCACGUUGAUGGCUGACCUGCAUUUUAUUCGUGCAUUCCCUGGAGGCGUUGGUCAGUACAAGAUGGGAUGGUCAGUAAACCAAUUUCACUUUUAUGUUCACUUCCGUACAGAGAUCACCUGA